AUGUCCGGCUCUCAAGGGAGCCUUUUCAUUGACGACGAUCCUGUUGUCGCCUCUGGGGUGAAAGAACCCCGCAUUGCUGCCGGCCUCGAGGCCACGAUGAUUUCUGGGUGGACGGCUUUCGGGUCCCCCCUUCGACCCACCGCGCUUCCGGGGUUGCCACGUGUGGCUCCCCGCGUCUCCUUCCGUUGUCCCGUUCGUCCUAAUCCUGUUGGGCCUUCGGCCAUUCCUUCUGCGUCUGCGUCCGCAUCCUCUGCUGCGCCCGUCACCCCCGUUGGGGUCCCCGCCUCCGUUGCCGCUGCCGUCCGGGAUCUGCUGGUACUGCAGUCCGACUAUGGCGACGCCUCCGUUGCCGCCAAGGAUGGCUGCCGCGCCCUCGUCAUCGAGACCGCCAGCGCAACCAGGUGGAGAUGUUGGCGGUCCUCCGCCAGAUGCGGCGCGAACAGGCCGGAGAGAGGAGGAAGGAGAAGAAGGAGCGGGAGGCCCGGGGGUAGGGCGGUGGCGGUCUGCUGGGUGGUCGUUCGUGUCGCCCCUCGCUGGGUGACCGCUCGGGCUGCCCCCAUCAUCAUCGCCAUCCCUAACCCUAACCCAGAGUAG